CGUUGCAUGUGAAGCCGUGUGUUUGUCUAAAGGUUUUCUCAGAAAUUCUUUAUCGGGUUUGAUUCUGAUUUUUGGAUAAGUAAUAAGGUUCAACCAAUGAACAGUCAUUUAAGUUAUUCUGAAGGAAGGUCAAAGGUAACCGUCACUGCAAAAUCCAAUGGCCGUUGAUUUUACAAAGAUUAGUGUCCAGGGGAUAGUCAAAUACGACAAAAAUCAAAGCGCAAUUUUAGGUCCUCUUCGAGUGGUAAACCCAGAAAUAAAUGAAUGAGGAAAUUCAUAGAGACGAGAAUGUUUCUUGUGUCUGUAACAACUCCUUGAAUCAUCCCGACCAGCUUUGCGUCUGGUGUCCUAUGGGGGCGGUAUUUUCUGUUUUCUCCUUAUACCAGCGAUUUCUGCGGUUUAUUCGUCGAGCUUGGACUGGAAAUACACAAAAUCCAGUGGAGGAUUUAGAAAUGACAGUAAUACGUUGCAAGCCUGAUGGGAUUGAUGCCUUAUGUCGUACAACAAAGUUCACAAAAAAAGAACUGAAAUUAAUGUAUCAAGGAUUCAAACAGGCUUGUCCAACGGGAAUUGUCAAUGAGAAUACCUUUAAAGAUAUAUACGCCCAGUUCUUUCCACAAGGAGGUGAGACUAUUUUCGUUUCUAUUGAUUGCGAAUUUUGA